AGUGCCGCUUCCAGAGAGUUCCAACCUCCCUCGUUGAGUCUUCCUUAUGAGUGAACCUCAACUCGUAAAUCAUCAUUUUUAUUUUAUUUAUAUAUAUACAUUUACUAAACAUUGAGUUCAAUACAUAUAAUUCUUUUUUUUCUUCUUCAUGUCUUUGUGUUCUUUCUGAGCAGUGAGUGACACCAGUUCAGUUGAAUGCAUGAUUUGGUUUUGUUUUUGUUUUUGUUUUCUCUCUCUUUUUGGACGGACUCGAACAUCUGCAAGAAUAGCAUCUCUCUCAUCCAGCCGUCCAUCGCAAAGACCUGAGACGUUCUGAGCGACGCCGCUUUUGGUUACACGCCGUUCCUGUCCAACAGAAAGACACUGACCAUGACGUUGAACGUGGAGGGUCUCGUGGUGAUGGCAGCCUUCUACCUGCUGAUCCUGGGAACUGGCAUUUGGGCUUCCAUGCGCUCCAGGAGAGAAGAGAAAAAGUGCCAAGGAGAUGGAAUGGAGAUCACACUACUGGCUGGAAGGAACAUCAACUUACUCGUGGGCGUCUUCACUCUUACAGCCACAUGGGUAGGAGGAGGUUUUAUCCUGGGUAUAGCUGAAGCCACAUACAACCCGACAUUAGGAGCAGUGUGGGCUCUCAUGCCGGUGCCUUAUGUCGUUACAUUCUUCUUGGGUGGCUUUUUCUUUGCAAAGCCCAUGAGAGAGAACAAUUAUGUGACUAUGAUGGACCCUUUCCAGAAGAAGUAUGGGAACUUCCUGAGCAAUGCUCUGAUCCUUCCUGCACUGAUCGCUGAUGUUCUGUGGGUGUCACGCACACUUGUCAGCCUGGGUGGGACUAUGGCUGUGAUCCUGGACCUUUCUUACGCCUAUUCCAUUAUCAUCUCCGCCGUGGUUGCCAUUGUGUACACGCUCUUGGGAGGGCUUUACUCUGUGGCUUACACAGAUGUGAUCCAGCUCAUCCUCAUCUUCGUCAGCCUGUGGGUGUGUGUCCCUUUCCUGUUGACCAAUCCUCACUCUUUGGACAUUUCGCUGACGGCCUACAACCAGACCUUCCAGGCUCCCUGGGUUGGCACGGUGAACCUCGAUGAAGCCGGCAAGUGGUUUGACGACUUCAUGCUCCUGGCUCUCGGUGGUUUGGCCUACCAAGCGUUCUACCAGAGGAUCCUGGCAGCCUCAUCUUACACCCAGGCUCAAAUAACCUGCUUUGCCUCCUCUGCCUUCUGCCUGGUGCUGGGUAUCCCCUCUGUGCUAGUGGGGGCAGUGGCUGCAUCUACUGAUUGGAACUCAACACGCUAUGGACUGCCAACUCCAUAUGAACGUGGCGAAGUAGGUUCUAUCCUCCCUAUCUCCCUGCAGUACCUCACGCCCACCUACGUGUCGAUUAUCGGGAUCGGAGCUGUAGCUGCUGCUGUCAUGUCCUCCAUGGACUCAGCCCUGCUGUCCUCUGCGUCGUUGUUCUCGUCCAAUAUCUACAAGAACAUAAUCCGGAAGCAGGCGUCAGACCGUGAGAUGCAGUGGGUGAUUCGUAUCUCAGUGGUGGUUGUCGGUCUGGCUGGCGCUGGCCUCACCUUCUUGGACAGCAGUGUGCUGGUCUUCUGGCUCGUGGGUGUGGACAUGUCAUAUACCAUCAUGUUCCCUCAGCUGGUCUGCGUCCUCUUCUUCAAGCAGUCAAACGGCUACGGGGCCGCUGUGGGCUUCCUAAUGGGAAUCACCAUGAGAAUCCUGAGCGGGGAGCCGCUUGUCAGCCUGCCGCCCAUCAUCCACUUUCCCAACUGCCGCCCGGAUGCUGAGGGCAAGCUUACCCAGUUCUUCCCCUUCCGCACCGUGAUCAUGCUGGGCUCGCUGGUCACCAUCAUGGUCAUCUCUUGGCUGAUGGCUAAACUUUUCAACACGGGGCUUUUGCCGGAGAAGUGGGACGUGUACAAGGUCAAAGACAAGCAAAACAAGCCUGUCGAAGAGAGGACCCCUGAAAACAACGAAGAGCUCUCCGUAUCCAAGCAGCUACUGGACACCACCAGCUGCUGAGGGGCCUCACAGGCUAAAGAUGGGCCGUGACGGGAGGCAGACACGAUUGUCUGCUGGCCAGGAGUUGGCAGAGGGCCAUUAACAACAAGGGCUUAACACUGUCAAUAGAAUCUGGACAGAAUCCGUGAAUUUGUGUCACAUACUGUACAGACCCACAUUGGCAAUAUGUCCCCAGAGUCCUCUCGCACCCAUCUUUUGUUAUCAGCUUCCUUCUACAAUUAAAAAUGACACAAAAAAAAAACAACACAAAAUGUCAACUUAGCUUGUGUAUGAUAGUAAAGUACCCAUUAACCAGUAUAGCAUAGAAUGUGAUUUAUUAAAAACAUCCAAUAAUUACUGAGCCUUAUCAGGUAAUCACACAUCUCUGAAAUGGACAGAAGGAGCGCAGCCUUUUAAAAUCCUUUCCAUUUGGAAAAGAUGAGUAUUGGAAUUUAUAAAGUGUUUUAUGUUUAAUGGAUUUGGGAUUUGUACAGAUCUGUAGAAAUAUAUUUUAUCACACUCGAAAGUAUAUUGUUCUUUUUUUUUUUUAUUCAAAUGUCCCUUGACAAAAAGUGCACAUGCAACACUUUUUUCGGCCGUCUGCACCCAAAAAAAGGAAUAUUCAGUCCAACUGAAAAAUAAAUGAAAUCGUUUACGGUUCCGUGUUACAAUUUUACAGGUUCUACAGGUCAUUUUUUUUCCUUGCAACAUACCAGUCCAAAUUGUCACUCCAGAAACAGAACUGCAAAAGGCAAUCUUCAUUAUUAAAUGAAUUUCAGUGCAGUUAGCGUGUACUUGUGUUUGCAUUGUCACUCCAAAUGAUUUCAUGAAUGCUGCAGCUGGCUCACAUCAGGAGAAACACUCAUGCCAAACAAGAACUUGUGAGCAACCUCAUCGUUUCUACAUGUUGCAUUGGAGCCUUGCCAGUAUAAAACUGCAAGGUACACUUGAUUGGAAAAUAAACUUGACGACUUGUUCUUGGACGUGCAAUGAAAGCAUCACCAGUUACGUGAACAUGUCCAAAAAUGUGAAUACAUCGUUCUCAAGCAGAAGCACUGUCGACAGCCGAGCCAGUUGGAAACCUCCCCGUUGUAUUGUUACCUCCCAGGGUGUCCCACCCUGCCUGACUGCUCGGGGCAGUCAGUCACGUUGCCAGCCGGGCAAUGUAAACAAAUAUGAACACUCACAUACUGCAUACAAAUGUGCACAAACACGCUAUUUCAACAUCUGCUUAAUUGAACCUGUUUUGAUAUGUUUUAAGGAGCGAAUUCCCAUUGUGUAUAUCCCUUUUAACUGAUGAGCCUUCACUUUGUUUCAUCACUGUAUUGUUCUGAGCCUCCAAGCAUUUUAUUGAAUAAGGCACUAUCUAAACUACCAUUUACUUAACUAUCACUGGAAACUGGUCUCCCUCGCCUGUUAGCGUUGAUUCAAUUGAUACUGUGAAACGGGUCUAUACAGAAUACCUUGUGUAUAGUGGCUCAACACAUGAUUCUGAAUGCCAUCCAAAACAAAUUGUCAGAUGGUCAAAAUCGGUUUUCCAAAGACUUCUUGUAGAAUCAAAACAGAACUCAUUGCAUGCAUCUUUUUUUUACAGAUGUGAGUUCUAAAUGUAUUAUACACUUGUACAGCCUAAUCACAAUUUUAUAUAUUGACUCUUGUUAUUUUUAUAUCAAGGUGGAUUGCCAUGCGUUGUUAGUUUUAGAGGAACAACACAAAUGUGUAUUUAUAUCUCAAGUGAACAAUGUCAAAUUGACCCUCAAUUUUGAUGGAAAAUGAAUGUAGACCUGUUAUCACUUUAUGUUGCGAUUGGCCUUUUAUGAUUGGCCUGCACUUUUCAGCAGUGUUACCGCAUGUUACAUGUCGUUAUCGUCAUCACAAUGAACACUGCUCCCCAUAGCACUACAUGCAACUUCAGAUAUUCAGCCAGCAGUCCUUACCAAUGGACAAAUAUGCCUUAAUUGUGGAGUAUUUGUGUGGCAUUUGGCAUUUAUUUGAUCACUUUUAGAGUAGUAAUAUUUUAUUUCCAAUGUUGGAGUUUUCCAAAGGUCAUCCAUUGACACCUUUAACUGGUUUUAGUUUUUUAAUAAACAGUAAGCUCUUGUUUUAUUUCUCCCUCCUUGUCUGUAUGUGGUUUUAUACUAUUAUGCAUGUCAAUUGUCAGUAACUGUAUGUAUACUGAACUUUCGCGAAGGCUGUUCUCUCUUGCCACUUGGCAAGGUCCUACUUUGUAAUCGAUUAAUGUAAAUCCCCAUGGGGUGAGCUUCUGUCAGAAUAAAAGCUGAUUUAAAAAUGA